GAACAUUACGAGAAAACGGCAUAAUCGUUGAUGGUGAAUUUUCUAAUAACCUUUCAUGUAAGUAAUCGGAGGGAGCUUUAACUAUCAACAUGUCCAUCGCCUACAUUCGGCAUGUCUUGAAUUCAAACGGAGCGUGGAAGCCGUCUAAUGCCGGAUUCUCGGCAUCUUUCCGGUCAGCCGCGGCAUUUCCCACUUCGGAAAUCAUCGGCGACUCUUGUCCUUUACCAACCUUGACUGCGAUGGACUCGUCACCUCAGCCCAUAGGGAGUGGCAGCUUCGGGUCUGUAUACAUGAUCCUCUCUUCUCUCGUUGCUUUCAAGGAGGUUCAGCUGGAAUCAAAUGCAGCCCAACUCCACGCUGAGUUCGAGGCCCUUGAACAAAUCUACAAAACCUGCCAAAGUUCCGACGCUUUAUUUUCUCUGCCCCGCCCACUUGCAUACAAAGACGCACAAAAAUUUCGGGCACUAGCAUACCGUUCUCCUCGAACAGGACAUCCCCGCCCCCUUGUAGCAUCUGCCUCGUUCGCUGCAUUCGAGCGGCCUACGUAUGCAAUGGAUCGUAUCCAGGCUUUAUCUACAGAAGUAGCUGCUCGUAUUCGUUCACAAUUUUAUCCCUCUGGCGUACCUGCUAAAGGCCCACUGUUGUUUCGACUCUACUUCGGGAAAGAUUUUACGGACAAUAGACCGUCCCGGUUUAUCAACACGUCUCACUUCUUUCUCGACGUAGCACGCUACCGCCAGCUCGCCAGCUCCGAAGGGGGCACUGCUGGUGAUCUUCCGAGCACAGAAAUUGUUGCAGAAGCUAUGGGCAACAUGCUAGGGCGUAUUCACAUUUGCGGAGGCUACGACGCCCGUGAUAUUGAGUUUGUACUUGGUGGGAACGGCUUCUCUGGAUUUGCGUUCUAUGUCAUCGACUUCAAUCAGAUGCGAAAAUGGAAAUCUGUUAAUGAGCUCGUCGAUGCGCACAUCGCGAAUGAUCCAUAUUUUCCUGUAGCACGAAGGGGUGAACAAGUAUACGAGGCUUUCAGGAGCGGCUAUCGCGCAGCCUACGCUACGCGACUAGACAUUGCUGAUGAGUUUCUUUCUCAACUCGAGGCUCUGCAAGAUACGGAUGGUCGACAAGCGCCUCCUUGACAUACUCCAGUGUUAGGCGGAGAAAAAUCAACCAGGUCAUAGUUUCUGUUGUAACCCAGAUGCAACGAUGCAAUAACGGAUAUCUUUGAACGACGUUCGGUGCGCAUCAAUUGUAAAGUUAUUCUUUCUGACGAAAAUCUAAGGGAAGCGCAUUUUGGCCUAGUACCAUCAUCAUUCUUGGUGAGACGUCGACCCAUCAACUGGACCUACCCAACCGCUGCUGAACC